AUGAAUUGGUUCAACUCUCUACCCACAGGAUCGAUCGACACCUUCGCUCGAUUGUCAACACGUUUCACCAAUCAAUUCGCCAUCAACAAACAGUAUGCCAAGACCUCAGCCCACAUUUUCUCUGUAGUACAGAGAGAUAACGAAGCGCUCCGCAACUACAUCAAGCGUUGUGUAGAAGCCGUCCACGAAGUCCCAAGCGUAGGACAAGACAUGCUCUCCGGGAUCAUGCAACCCCACUUGAAGCCGGGUAGGUUCAAAGAAUCUAUUGCAAGAAGGCCACCAGACAACCUAGAGGAAUUGCUGAACCGAGCCGAGAAAUACGUACAAAUAGAGGAAGCCUCUACCCAUGCUCAUCCCAAGAGGAAGAGGGAAGAUGACCGUCAGGACAUACGAAGAUAUGAUCAUAUCAUAGUCUUCAACUCUUCGGACCUUAAAGGUCCAGAUGAAGAUCAUAUCGAUGCAUUGGUAAUCACAGCAUCGGUGGCCAACUUCUUGGUUAAGAAGAUAUUAGUGGACGGUGGAAGCUCAGCCAACAUCAUGUAUCUCCACGCUUUCAAGCAGCUGGGCAUAGAUAAUGCCCAGUUUAGCCCCAUCUCCACGCCCCUAAAAGGAUUCACGGGAGAUGGCGUUUUAUCCAUGAGAGAAGUGGAGUUGCCCAUUUCCUUAGGGGACAACCCUUGUCAAAUUACCAAGAUAAUCAAAUUCCUCAUCGUCGACAAGCCGCCCCCCUACAACAUCAUCCUAGAGAGGCCAGCAAUCCAUACAUUCAAGUCAGUACCUUCAUCCUACCAUCAAAAGUGGAAAUUCCCCACUCCUUAG